GCCAUCUAUUAAACCUGUCAAAUAGUAAUAAUGGCCAAGUGAGCAUAGAAUUUAUAAAUUAAAUUUUGAAAAUCCUUUAAAACUAAGAAUAAUGGGAGGAAAUCCGAGCAAAACUAGAAAAUUAUCUGUUGAAAAUGAUGAUCCCACUAAUGUGAUAAGAGUGUCUGAAGAUGUUGUUGGUAGAAUUAAAGGUGGUCAAAGUGCAAGAGAACAACCUGCACCUGCACAAAACACAUGGGGAAAUGUACCACAAGCAGCACCUGCUCCAUUAUACUUACAUGAACCUAGUAUUACCACAAUUCAAUUACGACAAGAAAAUGUUGAAAGUUUAAAGAAAAAUGAUCAAUAUUGGGCCGAGAGAAUAAAGAAAAUGGAAGCCAACCACCAGAAAAUUAAUAAGGUUUUAGAUGAUGAGUAUGGUAAAGCACUAAAGGAACUGGAUGGAAACCAAACAGCCAGGAAAAUAAUAUCUGAACUGCCCUGUUUGGAUGCUAAGAAUGCUGUACUAAAAUGUUAUAAGGAAAAUGAUAAAGAGCCAAUGAAUUGUUCCCAAGUUGUUAAGGAUUUCCAAGAGUGUGUUGAUAAAAAAAGAAUUUGCAUGGUUGCUAAACAAAAAGGAUAAAAACAUCUGUUACUCCAAUGAUAGAGUUUAAAGAGUAGAUAUUUUUUGUUAAUUAAUCUGUAAAUAAUAUUUAAAUGAAUAAACCCAACAUUAAAAAAAGUCAUUUGC